AUGGCUGAAAAUUCGUUAUUGAAGCCACCAUCGCUCUCCCGGAAGCGGAGUUCCUCUGUGGGGAACAUUGGUCUUGGUGAUACAAAAGUGCCUGGGCUAUCCACGAUGUCUGAAUCGAAAGAAUCCAAGAUUGCCGCGAGGGCGCGGUUGCGGGCACUUUCUGGAGCAUCGAAGACGGAUAUCGACAUCUACUACAAGCUGUGGCUAUCGUAUAGAGAGCUGAAUUAUCGUCACGCGUGGCUGACUCCUCUGAUUAUCCUGUUUCUGAUUUAUAGCUGUUAUUUUGCUUCCGGCAACAGGACAGAGAGUAACCCACUUCAUAUGUUCGUUGCGAUAUCUUAUAGAGUUGGCAACACGAACAUGUACGGGAAAGGUGUCAAAGACAUGUGCUUUGUGUUCUACUACAUGGUAUUCUUCACCUUUCUGCGCGAAUUUAUGAUGGAGAUGGUGUUGCGCCCAUUGACGUUCCGGCUCGGUGUCACCAAGCCACACAAGGUCAAGCGUAUGAUGGAGCAAGCUUAUUCCACGUUCUACUAUGGUCUUUCUGGUCCCUUUGGGUUGUUUGUGAUGUACCGUACCGAUCUGUGGUUAUUCAAGACAGCAGAAAUGUACAAGACUUAUCCAGACCUCACCAACGAGUACUAUUAUAAAAUCUUCUACCUCGGCCAAGCAGCUUUCUGGGCGCAACAGGCGUGUAUCCUGGUUUUGCAACUAGAGAAGCCAAGAAAGGACUUCAGGGAACUUGUCUUUCACCAUAUUGUCACCUUGGCGCUAAUUUCAUUAUCAUACGUUUUCCACUUCACAAAGAUGGGCCUGGCAGUGUACAUCACCAUGGAUGUAUCGGAUUUUUUCCUAGCCCUUUCAAAGAUUUUCAAUUACAUGGAGUCUUCGUUCACAGCUCCGUUAUUUCUUCUAUUUGUGUCGUCCUGGGUCUAUCUGAGACACUACGUUAAUAUUAAGAUCCUCUGGUCUGUGUUGACAGAGUUCCGUACCGUGGGUGACUACACAUUGAACUUCGCUACCGAGCAAUACAAAAGUUGGAUCGCUUUGCCGAUUGUUUUUGGUUUAAUAUUUGCGUUGCAUCUUGUUAAUCUCUAUUGGCUUGCCCUAAUAUUCCGUAUUUUAUACCGCAUGCUCUUCCAAGGUGUCCAAAAGGAUGAGAGAAGCGACAGUGAGUCCGAAGAUAAUGAAGAGGAGCUGGAUGACUCAUCGGAUGAGACUGAUAAGAAAAAGAACCAAUAA